UAGUGUUCCAAACAGUGUUACUAUGAAUGCAGACUUUAAUACACUGGAAAAGACACACUAUUAGCACUAUUAGCAUCACGUAAAUAUACAGUGGGGCAAAUAAGUAUUGGACACAUCGACAUUUGUUUCAGUAAAUAUAUUUCCAAUGAGGUUCUUCGCAGGAAAUUUUCACCAGACGUCAGUAUUAACUCAGGAAAUCCGGAAAUAUAAAGUAUUCACAACAUUAAAGUCUAUAAAUAAAGUUAUUCUACCAAAUUAACUUUGCGCAAAAUUUAUUUGCACAUGCACCAGGAGGUUGCUCAUGUGAGCCACGACUGGCCAGAGAGAGCCAGAACUAUAAUCAAGCAGCUCUCUAUACCGUGUUAUGUCAAAUUAUUAAUUUCUUUGCUUUUAAAUUAUUUUUUUUUAAUUAUUCCCUUUUUUUUUUUUACAAAAUGUCUGCCUACCUGUAAUCUGAUUACAUUGUUGUUACUGUUUUUUUGUAUUCUGAUUACGUAACGCCGUUACAUGUCUUCCGUUACUCCUAAAGCUAAAGGUCACAGUGGAGCCUGUGGAACCUAUCCCAGGGAACUUGGGGCACAAGGACGGGGACACCCUGAACAUGGUAUGCCAAGCCAUCGCAGGCCACAAUCACACACUGUAGACAAUUUGGAAAAAUGCCAGUCAGCCUAUAACGCAUGUCUUUGGACUUGGGAAGGAAACCUGAGUACCCAGAGAAAACCCCCAAAGCACAGGGAGAACAUGCAAGCAGCACACACACAGGGCGAGCGCGUCUGUGGGAUUUGAACCCCCAACUCUGGAGGUCUGAGGCAGAGCUCCUAACCUCUACUUUUGGUUGACAUGCAAGCAAAAACGAAACCGAAUGGAGUUUUCAGAACAAAAUAUAGAGUCAAGCAAAAGAACCUCUCCAAAUUAGAUCACGUGAACGGGUUUUCCCCAGACUGACACACAUUUAGUGUGUGUUAUUGAACUUGAGAAUGAAUGUUAUAGGCUGUCACCAGGAUAAACAACAGAAUCGUGGCACUUCAUGUAGCCUAAUAAAAGUUUAUUCAAACAUAAUAAUUUGAUCCCUCCAUGGAUGGCAUAGCGGUGUGUAAUAAGAAUGGUGGUGUAAACGGAGGAAGCCCCGCCCUGGAGUAUGUGCAGUGCUGACGUGCAUUGGUGCGUCACGUGACGCCUGAGGAAUGUUAACAAUGCAGUAAGUGUCCAACUUUGUACUGCAUUUCUACUUGUGCCGUGAGUAACGAGAAAAUGGAGGACAGGCUCGCGAAACGUAAAGUGUGCUUUUAUUAACGGGACGAUUCCAGCUGUCGGUAAAUGAAGUAAGCGCGUGCGAAAGCGCACAUCUUGUUCAGUGCGGGAUUUCACGUUUCUCUUACAUGGCAAAGAUGCAGACCAGGCUGGAGUGGAAGCAGCACACAGGCUUAACCCCUUUUGUGUUAGGGGAGGUGGGGGAUUGUGCCCCCUAAAAGGACCAUGUGCUCCAGUAGGACCUUGAAGAUCUACUAAGUUUACACAAGAGUCCAUCUGGGUGGGGGAAUUAGCUGCCAUUCAUAGCUCAGCAUUGGGUGUGUGAGUGUGUGUGAGUGAGUGAGUGUGUGUGAGUGUGUGUGUGAGUGUGUGUGUGGGUCUAUGAAUUUAUUUUUGUUAUUUCUUCUCUGCUUCUGCAAUUGACUUGGUAUGUGUGAGUAAGCGAGUGAAUUUGCCAGUGUGCAGGGGUGGGGGUGUCUGUGAGUGUGUACCAUAGGUUAGGGUGGGUCUACCCAUGCGGCCGAAAACUUUCCCUGCAGCCCCAUAUGUGGGCAACACACGCCAAAGGCUCCAGGAGAUCAAGGAAGGACUGAAACAGCCAGCUAAGAUGGUGAGCCAGGCGCUGUAUGGAGGCAGUGCCCGAGGAGAAGGGAGCAGAGGGGGAGACUGCAAAGGUAAAGACCAGGCUGGCCGUCAGCAACAACUUCGUCAGCCCCAGAAGUUCAACAACUACCAGAAUGCCCUGCGAGAGAUUCGCAAGUCUCUCAUGCCUUUUGCUAAUGAGUCUGGUCCAGCAUCCAGCUCCUCACACCCAGGUGGAGACGUAAACAGGCAGAUGCUGCAGGAGCUCGUCAACGCUGGGUGUGAUCAGGAAAUGGCAGUACGUGCAUUGAAGCAAACUGGCAGCCGUAACAUCGAGGCAGCAUUAGAGUACAUUAGCAAGAUGGGCUAUCUGGACCCUCGCAAUGAGCAGAUCGUGCGUGUCAUCAAACAGACUUCUCCAGGUAAAGGUGGCAUUGCAAAUUCAGUAGAUCACAGGCCAGCAAUGGAGAAUUCCAGUGAAGGUGCUAUGCCCCCUUACCACCAAAUGGGACCACCGUUAUAUGAGGGAGCUGGCUAUGGGUCAGAGGGGGAGAUGGCACGUCCAUAUAUGGGUGGACCACCAGUCAUGAACUACAUGAUGCCACCUACUAACUCAGCACAGGGUCCUUCAAUGGGGAACCCAAUGGCUCGGCCCCCCAGCAUGGGUGCCUAUCCACCAGCCAUGACUUCUCAGAAUGCCCAAGGAACCGCAAUUUACCCCUCUGGUCCUGCUCAGCAGAAAGGAUACACAGGGGGCAUGGAUCAGGCUAUGAUGGGCUACAGUGUGUCUGGUCCACCCAUGCAACUCCAGCCCCAGCCACCAGGGGGCCCUGGUCCUCAUUAUGACUACAGACCUCUUAUAAUGGAGCCCUCUGGCUAUAGUGUUAAACGGAGUGCUUCUUUUCAGAACAAGAUGCCCCCUCUGGCACCAGACAACUAUGUCAAUAUGCAAGGCAAAGGGGCUAUAGGUCAAAAUGGUGGUGGAUACCCUCCUAACCUUUAUCUGCCUCCUCACUCACACCCCCGCCAGGCUAGCCCAACUUCACACCAAGUCCACAUGAUGUCACGCUCCCCUGGAGGAGCAGCUGCUAUGGGUCCUGAGUUCUCAGAUAUCCCUCAAGGUCUUCUCACCCCUUCCAGGGCCAGCCUCAACCUUGACCUAUAUGACCACCACUGGGCUGGAGCUCAAGGCCCAGAGGCAGCAACUCCAGCCAGGCAGCCACAGGGGCCUUUCAGAGGGGAGGUACGUGUCCCCAGCAGGACUAAUUCUUUUAACAACCACCAAAAGGUGAAUGUAAGACAAGCAAUGGCCCCUGCAACCAAUGUAUCUAGCAAACAGGAGGCUGGAAUGGGGCCACCCAACACCAUCACUGCAGUGACUUCUCCACCAAUCCAGCAGCCUGUGAAGAGCAUGAGAGUCAUGAGACCAGAGCCAAAGACUGCAGUCGGACCAUGCCACCCAGGCUGGUUAGCUGCACAGGCCCAGGAUACUCCUGAGACUCAUGGGUACUUGCCAGACGAAAGUUUUACCUUGGAAUCCUCUCAGGAGCCCCGAUGUCCACCACCACCAUACCCCAAAACGCUGCUUAUGUCUGGAGCCACGGGUGUACAGGAAACUGCACCCUUGGAAGCUGGAGGCAUAGCUGGAGCUCCAGACCACAGUGCCCCAGGUAGGCCUGUCCCAAGUGCCCCAGCAGGAAAGCCAGAAGAGCGUGCCACCAAAGACAAAGCAAAGCCAGGAAAAGGAGAGAAGAUUGUGAAGGAUAAGAAGCAGAUUCAGACUUCACCAGUACCAGUGCGGAGGAAUGCCCGUGAUGAAGAAAAAAGGGAGUCACGCAUCAAGAGCUAUUCUCCCUUUGCUUUUAAAUUCUACAUGGAGCAGCAUGUAGAAAACGUUAUGAAAACCUACCAGCAGAAGCUAAAUCGCAGACUGCAGCUGGAGCAAGAGAUGUCUAAGGCUGGUCUGUCAGAAGCAGAGCAGGAGCAGAUGAGAAAGAUGUUGAACCAGAAGGAGUCCAACUAUAACCGACUGCGGCGUGCCAAGAUGGAAAAAUCCAUGUUUGUGAAAAUUAAAACGCUUGGAAUUGGGGCCUUCGGAGAGGUGUGUCUGACCCGUAAGGUGGACACAGGAGCUCUGUAUGCCAUGAAGACUCUCCGAAAGAAAGACGUCCUGAACCGGAACCAGGUGGCUCAUGUUAAAGCAGAACGGGACAUCCUUUCGGAGGCCGAUAACGAAUGGGUAGUCCGACUGUACUACUCAUUUCAGGAUCGAGACAGCCUGUAUUUCGUUAUGGACUACAUUCCUGGAGGAGACAUGAUGAGCCUACUAAUUCGUAUGGGGGUUUUCCCUGAGCCAUUAGCCAGGUUCUAUGUGGCAGAACUGACACUCGCUAUCGAGAGUGUUCAUAAGAUGGGUUUUAUCCACAGAGACAUCAAACCUGAUAACAUCCUCAUUGACCUGGAUGGACACAUCAAGCUUACUGAUUUUGGCUUGUGCACGGGGUUCCGCUGGACACAUAACUCAAAGUAUUAUCAGAAAGGGAACCAUAUUCGCCAGGAUAGUAUGGAACCCAGUGACUUCUGGGAUGAUGUGUCUAACUGUCACUGUGGUGACCGGUUAAUAACACUGGAACAACGUGCAAACCGUCAACAUCAGCGCUGUCUUGCACACUCCUUAGUGGGCACUCCCAACUACAUUGCCCCUGAAGUGCUACUUCGGAAAGGAUACACUCAACUGUGUGACUGGUGGAGUGUGGGAGUGAUUCUUUUCGAGAUGCUUGUGGGCCAGCCUCCAUUCCUUGCGCCAACCCCUACAGAAACACAGCUCAAGGUGAUAAACUGGGAGAACACGCUGCAGGUGCCUCCACAAGUCAAACUGAGCCCUGAGGCCAUUGACAUCAUAGGACGUCUCUGCUGUUCAGCAGAGGAGCGUCUGGGAGGAAAUGGUGCUGGGGAGAUAAAGGCCCACCCUUUCUUUGCUCAGGUGGACUUCUCCAGCAACCUUCGCACUCAGCCUGCUCCAUACCGACCGAAGAUCGCUCACCCAAUGGACACGUCCAACUUUGAUCCAGUGGAAGAAGAAGGUGGCCCAGGGGCAUGGAGUGACAGUGGAGACAGCACUCGUGCUUGGGAUACCCUCUGCUCUCCAAACAGCAAACACCCUGAACACGCCUUCUACGAGUUCACCUUCCGCAGGUUCUUUGAUGAUAAUGGCUGUCCGUUCCGUUACCCUAAGCCCCUUGAAGAAACACAAGGGCCCCCCAGCAGUAGUGGGGCUAGCAGCUUGGGCCCCGAGGAGGAAGAGGAUGAGGAAGAAGUGGAGGGGGGAGAAGAAGAGCAAGGAGAGGGGUGUGAGCCUGUAUAUGUGUGAGACAUGCGGAAUGAGUUCACAUGUCGAUUUAGCUUCACCAGUCGGGCUUUUAUUAAAUAACACACAAUACACCAGACAAUCCUGCGUAUUUAAGGUUUGGUUGAAAGGUUUGGAGAGAAGGGAAUUAAGGACGGAUGGUCAUGGAAAGAGAAAGAUCAUGCUAUGUGAAAUGCAUAUUAUUACUCUAAUAUUAUUGUCCAGAAUCUUUUACUUGUUCACGGAUAUGUACGUCUAAUGGAAACUGCAAUCUGGGACCAAUAAGUGUGGACUGUGGCAGAUUGGGUGUAACACAGGAUGAUGUGUCUCUCUGCAAGUUUCUCUGUCAGUGAAGGUGACACAGCAAUUCCUAAUUCCAGAUGAGUAACUGUGAUCAUAGUGCAGGGCUAAACCAGGGGUGGUGGUGUUUUUUUGGUGAUUAUUAACUGCGUGUGUCAUAUGACCACACCACUUAAUCCGAAUCCUUCUACCCGAAUAAUAUAAGGGCCCAAAUACACUCAGAUGUGUUGUUCCUUUUGCAAGUAUCUGUAGAGACACCCAUGUGAGUCUACCAUGACUGGCAGAUCAGCGACUCGUUUUAAACCUUGAAGGGUUUAUACAAUAAACAAUAAAAAUAGAUGUCUAUUUGGAGCCUGUUAGUCCCGGGAGAAAAUGCACCUAUGUGAAGAUAAGAUAUGGCUCAGGUUGUUUUCUUGCUUGUGUUAAGGAAACUUCUGUAUCAAUUACAGAAUAUUUUGGUUUGAAAGUGAUUUCACAGUGUCGCCUAGUGAUUUCAAAAACACAGAGUAACGCUCUACCU